AGCACCUCCACCCGCACGCGCACCCCCUGGCGCCGCCCCCGCGCCAGCCCCCGCAGCCGCAGCCCCAGCGCUCGCACACGCCGCAGCCGCAGCCGCAGCCGCCCAUGGCCUACCCGCGCCCGGUGCACCCCUCGCCCUUCGUCGAGGCCAUGUACAGGCCUCCGCAGUUCCCCAACUUCCCCGCGGCACCCCCGCACGAGCGCCUGCUGCCCCCUGGCGGCGGCGCCUUCGGCCACGUGCCCCCGCUCAACUUCUUCUCGGGCCUGCCGCUGGGCCGGCCCUUCCCGCCCCGCGCGCCCUUCGACCUGCUGCGACCGCAGCUGCAGGGCUUCGGCGCCAAGCCGCCCUACCCGGACAUGCUGAGCCCGCCGGGCGCCGCGGCGGCCGCCGCCGUCGCCGCCAACGGAGGCAAGCUCAAGGACCGCUACUCGUGCAAGUUCUGCGGCAAGGUGUUCCCGCGCUCCGCCAACCUGACGCGCCACCUCCGCACCCACACCGGCGAGCAGCCCUACAAGUGC